AGACAGGAAAAGAGGAAGAAAUACAAAGAAAACAAAUAAAUAAGAGAAAAAUAGAAGAAAAUCAAAGCCUAACCCCAUGUGAUCAUCCUCCCCCCUCCUUCCACCCCCACUCAUAAUCCCACAUACGCAUAAUCCACCCACCCCCUUACCUCAUAUGUGACCCCCUGCCCACCCCCACCCCCCUACAUAGGCAAACCUCAUAAUUCAACAUGAGGCCUCAUAUGUUGUUCUACCUCUGGAUGAUGGUGGCAACGGUGCUGACAGCCCGGUCCGCCGUAUCGCUCGAAACAGACCAAUGCGACGCCGCCCUCGGAAUGGAAUCUGGCGCCAUCCCCGACGAACACAUCUCGGCGUCCUCCUACUUCGACGCCGCCGUCAACGCCAUCUAUGGGAGAGCGCGCGUGGAGGCUGGCGGCGGCGCGUGGUGCCCCCGAGACAUGAUCCACAACGAGGGCAAGGAGUUCCUGGAGGUGAACCUGGGCGGCCUGCACGUGGUGGCCAAGGUGGAGGUGCAGGGGCGCUUCGGCAACGGCCAGGGGCGCGAGUUCGCGCGCCAGUACAAGCUGCAGUUCUGGCGGCCCGGACUCGCCCACUGGGUCACCUACGCGGACGGGCGCGGCAACGAGCUCCUGGAAGGGAAUUCAAACACCUACCUCGCCCAGAGUUCUCAGCUGAGCCCUCCCAUCAUAGCCUCGAGGGUGAGGUUCGUCCCCUUCAGCCACUACUCCCUCACGGUCUGCAUGAGGGUCGAGGUCUACGGAUGCCGGUACACAGACGGGCUGCUGUCGUACUCGAUGCCCGACGGCGACCCGCGCGGCGGCGACGGCGCGCUGCGCGACCUGACCUACGACGGCGCGCGCAAGGACGGCUGGCUCUCGGGCGGCCUCGGCCAGCUCACCGACGGCGAGACCGGACACACCAACUUCCGCGUCGACGCCCUCGGCAGGGGCAGAGGUAAGCAGCGGUUCCAUUUCCUUCUUUGA